UGUCAUUUGACAGGUGCACCCGGAAGGAACGAUUUUUCGAAAAUGGCGAUCCAUGAUAGUCGUUGCCAGAAAAGAGGAAAGUAGAGCUGACUUUCGUCCCAGUCCCGAUUGGACCGAGCUGUGAGAAGGGCUCGGUGAUGAGUAUAUAACGGGAAUGUCGUCUGAUUUAAGGAUGAACGGCGUGAGGAUGGCGGGAGAGGACGAUGUGACGACAGACUCUUACACCGAAAACCUCAUUGGAACAUUGUUAGCUAUCUUUGGAAACCUGUUGGUCAGCAUCUCAGUCAGCAUUCAGAAACAAAGCCAUGUGACGUUGGCAGGAAAUAAAGACCCGAGGCAGUACUAUUACACUAAGACCUGGUGGUCUGGCCUGAUGCUGAUGGUUCUGGGGGAGGGUGCCCUAUUUGUAUCUUACGCAUUUGCACCACUCUCUCUUAUAGCACCACUUAAUGCUGUGUCUGUUAUAUCAAGCUCCAUCUUGGGUUUCCUGUUUUUGCGGGAAAAGUGGAAGGCACAGGAAUUCUUGAAGCGCUACAUUUUAACUUUCCUGGGCUGUGCCUUGACGGCAGGCGGUACUUACCUCUUUGUGACGUUUGGACCGAACUCUCACGAGAAGCUGAACGCAGAGAACAUAGUAAAGCAUGUCAUUGGCUGGCCCUUCCUCCUAUACUUGCUUCUGGGGAUUAUUACGUUCUGUCUGGUGCUGUAUUUCUAUAAACAGCGGAAUGCUAACUACCUCGUUCUGAUUCUGCUGCUGGUGGCACUACUUGGGUCAGUGACUGUAAUCACAGUGAAGGCGGUUUCAGGAAUGAUUGUGCUCAGCAUCUUGGGUCCUCUGCAGCUGUCCUAUCCAAUUUUCUAUGUGAUGUUUGUCUGCAUGGUGGCAACCAUCGUCUUUCAAGCAUCAUUUUUAGCACAGGCGUCUCACCUGUAUGAUUCCUCUCUCAUCGCCUGUGUGAAUUACAUUUUCUGCACAACAUUUGCAAUUGUGGCAGGGGCCAUAUUUUAUCAAGAGUUUAACCACGAAGAUGUUCUGCACAUAUGCAUGUUUCUUUUGGGGUGUGCUAUAUGCUUUCUUGGAGUGUUCCUGAUCACUAAAAACAAGAGGAAGGCCAAAGCAUUUGAGCCAUAUGUCACUAUGGACAUGGCAAAAGGCAUUCCAACCAUUCACAACAAAGGCUGGGCUGUGCAGCCCGAUUAUAACGGCUCUUUCUCAUAUGGAGCAUUGGAGAAUAAUGAUAGUGUGGCUCCUGUGACGCUUCCAGUGGACCGAGAGCUGUCUGUCUCUCCCAGUCCUGUUAGCCCGUACCAACCAUCGGAACUGAAAAAAGACUGACAAAAGUGGAAAUGUCUCUGAAGUGCAAUUAAGACUGAUUUUACUUGAGAAAUGCUACUGUGUGUUAAUCACAGCACUUCUAGAGCACAGUUCCAGAAUAUUGGGUCAUUCUAGAACUUUCUCACGUCUCAUCCUGAGUCUGGAAACCAGGCUAAAACGGACUUACUGUAUGGUAGAAGGCAAAAAAGGUCUUUGAUUGGUAGCGCUGAUUUUAACAUGAGCUAUUGGCAUGCUAUCUUUGUAUGAUACUCAUAUAUGUAAUCGUACCUUAUAUAUGCUGAUUGACAUGAUCACUCCCAGUCUCCUAUCACAGUUGCAAAAGGCUACUAAUAGUAGCCCAAAACCCUAAAAAUACCUCAGAAUAUUUGGAUUCUGCUACUGCUUUGUACCAGAGGUACUACAGCCAGUCCUGCUUUAUUAACCAAAGGCCAAAGACUAAUGUAGAUUGCACAAUUCCAGACUAUAUUUGGUACUGACUCAAAUUACUGUAUUCUCAAACUAAUAAGCACUGUUCUGUCAUUUUUCGUUCUGAUGUCUUCAGACCUUAAUGUCUGCUGUGCCUGUUAUUUAUUCUCUGUGCUUGUCUGAAGCAUACCAAAUAGACAUUUCUAUACAAAUCUGCAUGUUUGUAGGUAUUACAUUGGAUAUUGGAACUCUGCUGGUGGUUGAAAAAUACAGAGGCCUUCUGUAAAACUUUUAAGAAACACUGGCCGAUACUUUAUUUCAUACAUACCAUAGAAUAAUGUGGAAAAAUAUUUAGUUGUCGUUUUUGUGUCUGUAUUUUAUUAUAACGUUGAGAGAGACGCCCUUGUUGAAAAAAAUAAUGGGAAACUUGACCAGUUAUGUUUAAGUGCAAUUACUGUGAUGACAGCUAAUGUUAGGAAAUGUAAUUCUAUUUUUAAUUUUAAUUAGAUCAUUUUUUAAAAACAUUGUUUAUGAUAUCAACCAUUCCACAAGGACAAUCAAUAUGCCUUUAAUAAAAAUAAUGUAAAAAAUACUAAAUUUCA